CUCUGGCAACAUGAAGCCGGUUAUCGUCGUUCACGGAGGAGCCGGUCGCAUCUUUAAAGAACGGGAAGACGGAAGCCGUUCCGGUGUAAGGAAAGCGGCCCUGAGAGGUUACAGCGUCCUCAAACGGGGAGGGAGCGCAUUAGAUGCCGUUGAAGAAGCCGUAGCCAUAAUGGAAAAUGAUCCUCAUUUUAAUGCAGGUUGUGGCUCCGUGUUAAACGAGAAGGGCGAGGUGGAAAUGGAUGCCAUUAUAAUGGAUGGGAAAAAUCUAGCCUCGGGGGCAGUAUCCGCAGUGAAACGUGUAGCUAAUCCAAUAAAGCUUGCUCGGCUCGUCAUGGAAAAGACCGAUCACAUGCUGCUGACUGACCAGGGAGCUCUCGCCUUCGCCAGGGCCGUGGGAUUUCCUGAGGUUCCAGGAGAGAAACUCAUCACCGAAAGGUCCCUGACUAGGUGGAGGGAAAACCUUGAGGCCGAUUCGAACCCUCAAGAAUUCCAAAAAGACCUGGGAACCGUCGGAGCCAUUGCGAUCGACAGUGCCGGAAAUAUCGCUUGUGCCACGUCAACAGGGGGACUUACGAAUAAGCUGGUUGGCCGUGUUGGUGAUACAGCCUGCAUAGGAAGUGGGGGUUAUGCAGAUAAUCAUGUCGGUGCCACCUCGACCACGGGCCACGGAGAGAGCAUUAUGAAAGUGGUUCUAGCCAGGCUUGUCCUUUAUCACAUGGAACAAGGAAAGUCACCAGAAGCUGCUGCUGACAUUGCCUUAGAUUACAUGAAAACAAGAGUUGGGGGGUUGGGGGGCGUUAUUGUCCUCAGCCGGUCAGGAGACUGGGCCGCGAGGUUCUCCACCAAGGAGAUGGCCUGGGCCGCAGUCAAAGACGACCUACUGCAUUGCGGCAUUCAUCCUGGCGAGAGCGAUGAACAGUCUGCCGAAGAAGCCCUCAGCACCAUGGGAUCCUAAGCGAAAGAGAAGAAGGAGGCGCUACGGUUGGAUAGAGAUCAUACGCCUGCCUUGGGAAUCUCUUGUUCCCACCCUGAAAGGGUGGCCCCUUCCCCCACUUCAGAUGCAUUCAGUCCUGGCCACCUUUUGCGAUCAAGACAUAAAAUCCAGAAGAAAACGUAACUGAGUCUAGGAAGUUAAGAGAAUAGAAAGAGGCUGCAACAUUUACCUCAGAAUGAUAUGUCUCUGUUCUCCGGGGUCAAUAUCUUGAGGGCAGCUUUUCACCUUACAUCAGGGGACACCAACCCCUGGGCUGCGGACCAGUACCAGUCCAUGGCUUGUUGGCAACCGGGCCGUGGAGUGAGGCAGAGACCUUCACCUACUCCUUAUUUAAAGACCCCCAUGGUGGGGACAGGGAUGAGCUGUGGGCUUGGGGGGCAGCCUGGGGCAGCAAAAAAACCAGCACCCCCACCCCCACCGGUCUGUGGAAAAACUGUCUUCCACAAAACCGGCCCCUGGUGCCAAAAAGGCUGUGGCCCAAUGCCUUACGUGACUGUUGUGGGAAACUAGUGUUCACAGUAGAAAACAAAACAUUUUCAUAUUGAGUGUUAUGUCACUUUUUAAAAAAAUUCUAGUUGUAUGGUUCAGAUGCCCACCUGCGUUCUGACUGAAAGAUUUCCUACAGUUUAUCAUCUCUAUCCUGCCGCGGAACAAAUUGAAAGUAGCCGUUGAUUUGCGAUUUCGUUCCGGUCAUGCGUUGCUUUUACAGGACGGCAAGUGAACAAGCAGUAUGAAAACCUUGUAGUUAAUGGCCUCGAGGGUCAAAAUAGAAAUUAACAAACCUACUGUAUUGUAAAUUGUGUUCAUCUUGAGGGGCACAUCUUUAGACAGCAUGUCCUGAUUUAUUUUAAGGGAGAAGUGUGCACGACUGCAUUUCCACAUAUGUAAUGAAUGAAAUGAGAGACGCAACCUUGCCUAUUUUGGAGAUAAUAGCAAGAUGAACACCUGAUUAAUCACCACAAAAAGCUCUUAAGAUUUUUGUUUCCUUUAUGUGAACAAACUUAGAGGUGUAUAGCAGCUUCCUACUGAUUACUGUCGGAUAAAUAUUCAAGAACAGGAGAACUCAGACCUAGAAUAUAACUAGAAUAUCGAGCAAUUUGCUUGCAGAAUAUGUGAGGUGGUGAGGGAAUGCAUAUAAAUGCCAAGUUCUCUUACAGCGCAAUCCGAACAGCACUUAACUGGGAGUAAGCCCCAUUGAAUAGACCUGAGUAGAAUUCAGAGUAAGCUCGCUUAGGAUUGCUCUGUUAAUUAGAGAAACAUAGACGUUAUUAAUAUAUUUUAAAGUCUGCCCCUUAGCCUGUUCAAUAGUGUCAAAGGUUAUAUAAGCAAUGUCUUGUGUGUGUAUAAAUAAACAGCUGUUCUAACUUAUCCGGUUAUUAAUUUGAAAAAUAGGUUUAGAGUUCCGUACAGAAUUUCAAUGUGUUCCAUGGAAAUGCUUCUUUGGAUUUUCUUUUUAUUGUUUACAGAAGACAGCACAACAAAGGACACUUCUUGGCUUAAUUAUGUACUAGAUGUGGUGGCAAAACACAGAAAUAUGUGAAGAAAAACAAACACCUGCCUUUAUCCAGAUUGAUUUGGGUUCUUCUAGCACAAGUCCUAAAUACCAUUGAGGAUUGGGGCAAAACUGGAAGUCUGCCUUGCUGAUUUGCAAUGUUGGAAUCUACUGAUCAAAAAUAGUACAAUAGAAGACAGGCGUGGCUAACGGUAGCUCUCCAGAUGUUUUUGCCUACAACUCCCAUCAGCCCCAGCCAGCAUGGCAAAAAAACAUCUGGAGAGCUACCGUUGGCCACCCCUGCAAUAGAAAAUUACAAACGUAAAUGUCUAUUGGCAGGGUAUUUGUAUUUUAUUCCAGCUUUUCCGUUUCUUGUUUUCAUAUUAAUGCAAUUCGGUAACAUAGGUCACACUUAGAUAUUGCUUUGGUCCCAUUUCUUGUCUUUGAUCUGAGAAAUAACCAACGGUGUGCUGGUAUAUAAUAUGCUUUCUAUGAAAUAGCCCAAGUAAAGCCUUACACACUCAGAGUGUGUUUUAUGACAAUACUCAUGUAUACAUUAUUGCUCAAGUGUAUAACGAAUUACUUUGGCCACCAAAUGAGAAGGGAGCACUCACUAGAGAAGAUCCUGAUGCUGGGAAAGACAGAAGGCCAAAGAAGAAGGGGACAGCAAAAGAGGAGCUGGCUGGACAGCGUUACUGAUGUAACUAACAUGAAUUUGAGCAGACUUCGGAGGCUGGUGGAAGACGGGAGGGCCUGGCGUGACUUGGUCCAUGGGGUCGCAAAGAGUCGGACUCGACUGUACAACAACAACGUAAUGAACAAACCAGCUUUGUCAUUACCAACAUAUAGAUAUAGCUGUUACCCUUUGUAAUAUAACAAACAUAAAAACUAAUUUUAUACUUUUUAACGUUAUAUUUUUAAAAUCGAUUUAAUAUGUACAUCCUUGGCUGCUGUUAGCCGCCCUGAGUCCAUUCGCGGAGAGGGCAGGAUUUAAGUUCAAAGUAAGUAAAUAAAAAUAAAUAAAUACAUUUAAAGAA